CGAGUGAUUUCUCAUAGCGCGUAUUUCGUUUUGUUUUGAUUGUAGCAGAAAUCGAAAAAUCGAUACGGUUUUGCAGCAAAAUUAUAGUUUUUGGACAUGGAAUACCUAAUUUUACUAAUACUUAUUGCUAUAACGUUCUUAUGCCUUGUAUCUACCGUACUUUACUUAUUAGUCCACGUCGGAAUAUUUGGAAAUAUCACAGUAUGCGUUGGAAAGCCUGUUAUACAAAACGUUUGCAUUGGAUAUAAAACAUACACAGGUUCCUACAAAAAUUGCGGGGCCAACUUUUCUGCAGCGUUUACUUUAUUCCCGCAACUACAAAGCAUUGGGAUUUACUACGAAAACCCGUACAAGUGUACAAAAGACCCGGCGUAUGAACUUGACUAUGCAGUCGGGCUAAUAUUAGCCGAAGGAGAUCAUAAGCCCGACCCAAAAAUCGUAAAAACGCUGGAAAAAGAAGGCUAUAAAAUGACAGAGCUGCCAGCAAUAGAAUAUGCAGUGCAAGCUAAAUUUCCGCUAGUUUUUGACGUUUGUUCUGUCAUUGGUUCCUGGAGAGUGUACCCGAUUCUUACUAACUUUAUCAACAAAAAACGUCUUUCUGCUCACCCAUUUAUAGAGAUUUAUACACCUGGUACUAUUCACUACUUAGCACCACUUAGCAAGCAAUCUGAUUUCUUUGUACCUGGUGUAUCAUAUAGGCCUGACAAUUAUGUAAGCUAAAACAUGGUGUGGCAAUACGCCAAUACAGUCGAAAAAUUGGUCCAACCAUGUGCCAUAGCCUACUCUUAAAAUAUAAUUACCUUUCUGAAUCUGCUUUGUAUAAUUGCUGAUGCUAUUUUAAAAGUUUUAUGAAUACAGUGGAGACAUUUUAUUGUUUUGUGUAUAAUUUUUGUGGUGCCAAUGUAAUGUGUUUUUAUUUAUUUGUGUUAUUUAUGAUUUAUAAUGCUGUUAUAUUUGCUAAGAAAAAUUCUGCAAACAUACUACGUAGUGUAAUUAUACAGCUGUUUUGUAUUCAUGCAUUUGAUGCAACCUGUAUAAUUAGUAAUUUAAAGCUGUAAUAAAUUGCAUUUCCAAGACGGUACUUAAACAUACAUAUCAAUUAUCUUAAAUUUAUUAAAAUUUUGGCACAACUAUUAUGGGUGAAUUUAGUUUCUUUUUUGUACUGUCAGUAAGUCUAUUUGAUUUUGCAACUCAAAAAUUUUAUAUCUGCAAUGGGUUCACAAUUCGUCGUUCUUGUGUUAUUUGUUUAAAAAAUCCUAAAACGUUUGUCAAUUUUAG